AAAUAGAAAUGUGAUGAAAUUCCCCACUACUGAUAUUCAGUCCAUUUUGGAGCCAGUCUCCUUCCAGGUGCAGACGUUCAUUGAGCUGCACUCGUUUGGGGAGAAGGGACACUCGAUUCCAGACAUAUCAGAGCCAUGCAACGACGUCCGAAAACAUAUCUCAAACCUAGUCAAGGCAGGCCAGCAGCAGAGUGACUCAGCCUCUCCCGAUGACUCAUUCAUGAAGAGGGAGAUGCCCAGGGCUCUGGACCCUCUAGUGACGUCAUCCCAGUUGAUAGAAGAGUCAGCCAGUCUGAUCAAGAGAGACGGGAGAUCUGCCACUGGCAGGUCAAAAUUGAUAGACGCGUGCAGAAACAUCCUCUUCGGCACUUACAAGGUGUUGAUCGUGAAUGACGAGAGCAAUGUGAGGAAACUGGAGCAGAGCAUUAAGAUGCUGAUGGAUGCAUUUUACUGCACAGAAGCCGCCACUUCAGUUCAACAGCUGCUCGACUUCCUCAAGAAUGUGUACCAGCCCUUCUUCAAAGUGAUUGAGGAAGUGAAGGGUAGGGCUAAUAUCCUCACCAACAAAGACUGUUCAGUCGCUCUCGUGUUCCACUCUGAUCUAUUGGCUAAACUAUUGGAGCCAUUUGUAAACUCUGCAAAACUGGUAUUCAUCGCCAGAGAAAGUUCCUCAGUAUCUAAUAUGUACAGUGAGCGAUGUCGGAUGUUCUUCACCAAACGCAUCCUGGACGAAUUCUCAACCAUCCUAAAACUCCUUCUGUUGAGCAGAGCAGGCAUGAACUGGUUCGAACCAGACUCGGUUUCAGUGGGAAUCGAACUGCAGCCUGGUGAUGAGAACUGCUCUGUGAAUCAACACGGGGCUAUUAUUAGGAACCAUUUGUACAAUAUGAAGCAUGGACUGUAUGAGAGGUGCAAAGAGUGGAUUAAUAACGAUAAAGAGACGGAUGAAAAUUUGGGUUUCCUGUUCAUGGACAACCUGCUCUACGAGGCUAAGUGUCUGUCGGAUGUGAUUGAGAAAGUGACGGGGGACGGGGAGGGGGCGGACAGGAUCAGGAGCAAGUGUGACAUUGUGGACCAGACUGCGGCUCAGUUGUCCGAACUGAGGAAGAAGGGACAGGCCUCCUCCCCCGAAGCCCGCCAACUGCAACAAGUGUUGCUCAACUCCCUGGAUCAACUAAUUGAGCAAUGUGACGACGCAUGUCUCCAACACGUGACCUCAUCCGAAGGGAGACUGCACCCCCUGCCCAGUACAAUGUAUGGUCUGCUGGACGAAGUGAAGACGUGGCUGGAGAAUCCAGAUGUGAAUGCGGACAGUGGAUCGCAAUCUCUGGAUGCGAUUGUGAAGUUGGGCUGGAACUAUGCCAGACAUCUGGGAGGAGACGAACAAAGUGUUUUGAAGUCCAAGUGCAGCGGUUUGAGGGAGCCUAUGCAGCGUCUAGUCAAACUGGCUAAUAAUCAUCAGGGCCACAGCGAGGAGGGAGUGCGUUUAGUGGGUGUGUUGCACUCUGGCAUAGCAGCUGUCAUCCAGCAGAUGAGGACUUCACUCUCACAGCAGGUAGUGGAUACCUUCGUGGAUCCCCAUGCGACCAUCAACAGACUAGUCCAGUCAGCCCAAUCUCUAUCACCGGACACUGGGAGCAGUGGUAGGAGUGAGAUGGAGUUUGAUGGUAGACUGGACCAGUUCCAGCAGAUGGCCAGAAGGGCAGUGGCCACAGCCUCCCACUUCGCCCAACUGAACGAGGCAGAGGACCAGGACACUCUCAGGAACACGGCCAGACAGGCCAAACAGCUGAAUGACUUGAUCCCAAUUCUGAGUGCAGCAGCCCAAUUGUGUUUCUCAACUGACAAGAGUGAGGAGGAGAGGAGUGGAGAGAGUGUGAAACAGUUGGUGGAUCUGCAGACCCUCUGGGUGGACAACAUGGACCAGCUGCUGGCAUACAUUGACUCAACUAUCGAUUUGGAACUGUUCAUUGAGGCAUCCGAGUUGACCUUAGAAGAUCUUCUCAAAAACUGUCUCCUCUCUCUCCAAAAUGAAGACCAGAAGGCGUUUGUGGUUCAUUCAACCACUUUGAUCAGCUGCAUACACAGAGUGGCUCAGGUGUGUGAGGCACAAGGAGUGCAGCUAGACGAAGAAUGGGUGAGGGUGAAAUUGGCAGAAUACUGUGCCAGUCUCAAAGGACAGGUACAGCCCUUUGUGUCUCUAGCGACGAAGUUUGCGAGGGAUCCCAAGAAUAGGCAGACCACUUUGGACUUCCACCACAACUCACACGAGGUAUUGGACGUUGUGAAUGCGAUCAAGGAGUUAUUGAAACAGUACUAUGGACCUCGCAUAGUUCCCGUGCAGAGCGGAAACGACGAAUUCUAUACUUCAUCCCUCUACUAUUUCAUCUCCCCUCUCAAAAUGAGACAACAGCAGAAGCAACUGGCCAAUGAGAGUGAAGCAAAUGGCCAAGAGGAUGGAGAGGAUGAAGACGAAGUGCCUGAAAGACCCCCACCACCUUCUACUGGAGUGUACACCAAAGUGCCCCUCCGUCCCCCCAGUCCAGUGUUAGAAGAGGAGGAGGAGGAGGAAGAGAUUGUGGAGGCUCCCCUGCCAGAGGAGCACAGACCCAUCCAGAAGGCGGCCCAUGAGCUGCACAUGGAAGUGAGACAGUGGCAGAGUCAGGGCAAUGACAUCAUUACAUCGGCUAAGAGGAUGGCAGUGUUGAUGGCCAAGAUGUCCAGGAUUGUGAGGGGCGAAGAGGGAGCCAAGUUCGAUUUGAUAGAGACAGCCAAGUUGAUCGCUGAGUCUGCCAUGGCGGUGUACAGACUGGCCAAUCAGGUGGCAGAGCAGUGCCAAGAGAGGAAGAUUAGCAAGAAUCUGCAGAAUGUGGCCCACAAGAUCCCCACCUUGGCCACCCAGCUAAACAUCCUCUCCACUGUCAAGGCCACAACCAUUGGGGGAGUUGCAAAUGAUAACUCGUUAAACGGGGCAGAUAUAGCCCUGAAGCUAGACAAGUUGGCCACUUCUAUCGGCAUAGAGGCAGCCGCCACUGAGCUAGAAAGGGGGGGCACUGCCAAGCCCACGUCCCAGCUGGACGAAAUAGCCCAGAAUGUGGCGGCUGAUGAUCAAGCUACCAAAGAUGACAUUGAGGCGACUGAGAUGCUGGUGUUGAAUGCGCAGAACAUUAUGACGUCAGUUAAGGACACUGUGCGUGCGAGUGAGGCAGCCAGCAUCCGCAUCAGACUGGACCAGGGACACGCGUUGAAGUGGGUGAGAAAGCGACCAGCUGGUGCGCAUCACUCUUCGGGAAUGUUGAGUUACUCAGUGUCGCUCAAACAGAAACAGCAAGUGAGGCUGAAUGCACAGAAAGCGGCCGAGAUGGCGAUGAGUAAGCGGAAUUGAAACUGAAGAUUGAACAGCGUUGAAGGGAAAUUGGGGCAAUUUUUUUAGAUAUCGUUUUAAACCGAAGUUUUGUGAUAGUUUUAAAAUCUUACGUUAAAUCUUGUAACUAUUUCCCCGAGGUAACUUUGUUACUAGGCACAAAUUUUUAGAUGCUGAAUCGUUGAAUUAGUCCUCUAUAGGGUUGGAAAUUAUUCACUUGGCAUCAUUGCGGGAAAAAUUUAACGAGAUUCUUCAUGCUUUAUUUGCUCAAUGGGCAUGCAAUUUGUAUAAAAUUUACCGUUACCAAAAAGUUUUGCAGCUGAUAGUUUUUGGUUAAUUAUAAAAAAUUGGGAAAGUAAAUAGUCAUAAAUGCAGUUUCUUGUAAUAAUGAAUAAAUGAAAGCUGGCCGUUGGAGCAAAUCUCUGAUAUUGACUAACAUGCUUUUGAAAUAGUAUUUUUUAUAUAAUUUUCAGAAACAAAUUGAAACUUAUGGCUGGUUUAAUUGACUAGUCUGUGCAAUUAUUGUUCCAAGAUCCUGAAAACAGUGAGCGUUGCUAGUUCGGAAAUCAAGUUCAACAUAUAAACUGAAGAAAAAAAGAUGCUAUACAUUUUUCAUGGUUUUAAUCUUACUUCAAAUGCAUUUUCUAUAAAUCUAUUCGACAUAUUUAGCCAACCCUCAAAUCAACCCUUAAUAUCAUGCUUAUCAUCAUCAUCGUGUCUCGUUCGUUGAUUACUCUGGAUUUUGUACGAUGUUCCUGUCACAAUUGCGCCGUGAUAUCAUCCUCACAUUCACAUUGCAGAUAUAUUAAUUAGUAUUCGGCUUAUUUCUUGUUCUUGUACAGAUAUCAAAAUCGUUUCAAUUAAUAGUUUUUUCACCAGUAAUUGUGAAGUUUAAAAAUUG